AUGAGCGAUUUAAUUAAUAAAAGAGAAGAUAUAAAUAAUGAAUUAAAUAUAAUAUUUAGUUAUUUUAAAGAUAAUAAUAUUAAGAAAUCUACACCUUUACUAGAUAAAGAAGGUUUCCCAAGGAAUGAUUUAGAUAUAGUGACUAUAACUCAGUAUAGACAAAGGUUGACUGUAUUACAAAAUGAUUUAGAGAGAAUUAAUCAAGAUAUUUAUAAAUUCCUGGAGCAACAACCGAAAACAGCGGCGUCAAGUGAUAGAAAGCCGAUUAAACAUUCAACCCCUUGGUCUAUCGUGAAAUCAAUAAAACCAUCUUCAAUAGCAGACAACGCUGGUUUGUUGAAAGAUGAUCUGAUCAUCCAAUUCGGUCCAUUUAGUCAUCUCACGUUAGAUAACUUUGAAAAGUUACCAGGAUUCAUACAGGAGAAUAGAGGCAACGACGUCAGAGUUAUCAUUCUUAGAGAUAAUCAAGAAAUUACCUAUACUUUCAAUUUAAAUGGUAGUCCAUUAGGUUUACAUAUCGUACCUUUGUAA